AUGGAGACGCAAGUACCCACUCCCGAAACCCCUGGAUCCCCCCACCUGUCAAGCUUGGGACUCGAGAAAGAAGUGGAAGUUAUUUCGGAUUCGCCGCCACGUCAUUCAACGAACGAUCCUCCAAGGGAGAGUCUGGUGGCGGUGGAAGCUGUCAAAGAAGAUGUCAAAGAUGAUGAAGGCAAAUAUCUCACUGGGACCAAACUUGGCCUGGUGAUUGCUUCUAUCACCUUGGUCACAUUUUUAGUGCUCCUUGAUAUGUCAAUUAUUGUCACGGCAAUUCCGACGAUUACCACCCAUUUCCACUCUCUUAAAGAUGUGGGGUGGUAUGGAAGCGCUUAUCAGAUUGCAAGUGCUUGUCUGCAACCUCUUACGGGUAAAGUGUAUACCAAUUUCAACUCUAAGUGGACCUUUUUGGGGUUUUUCUUCGUGUUCGAGCUGGGCUCUCUGCUCUGUGGUAUUGCGACAUCUUCCAAGAUGCUCAUCAUCGCACGUGCGGUGGCAGGCAUGGGAUGUUCUGGACUGAUGAAUGGUAGCUUGACUAUCAUCUCGUCCUGCGUUCCGCUUCACAAGUCUCCGAAAUUCAUUGGCAUGGUGAUGGGCUUCUGUCAAAUGGGUCUUAUUUGCGGGCCACUGAUUGGAGGUGCCUUUACCGAGAAGGCAUCCUGGAGAUGGUGUUUCUAUAUCAAUCUCCCUAUCGGAGCUGUCGUCGCAUUGGCGAUGGUGUUCAUCCACAUCCCCGAUCAAUCUCCCAAGCCACCAAACAAAUCUGCUGCCAAAACUAUUCUCCAUGAGCUUGACCUGAUCGGCUUCGUCCUUUUUUCUCCCGCAGCCAUUCAACUCCUUCUUGCGCUGGAGUUUGGUGCAGGCAGCUAUCCAUGGGGAAGUGCGACAGUCAUUGGACUCUUCUGUGGAUCGGGUGGUGCAUUCAUCGUCUUUCUCCUCUGGGAGUAUCGCCAAGGAGAUAAAGCAAUGAUCCCUCUGUCUAUGGUUGUGCAGAGGACGGUCUGGACAAGCUGCCUUUUCAUGAUAGGGCUUUUCGGGACGGUCCUCUCCAUAUCUUACUAUCUACCCAUUUAUUUCCAGUCAGUUAGAAACGAUUCGCCAAUCAUGAGUGGUGUCUCCCUGCUCCCGAUGAUGUUAUCACAGGUCGCAUGCGCAGUGAGCUCAGGUAUUUUAAUUGGAAGGCUAGGAUACUAUCUUCCCUGGGCCGUCUUCUGUGGUUUACUUACUGCUAUCGGCGGAGGGCUUUUUGCGACUCUAGAUCCUCACACAUCAGUCGGGAAAUGGAUCGGAUUUGGAAUUCUUGUUGGCGCAGGCCGAGGAACUGGAUUUCAAACGCCCAUCAUUGCUAUCCAAAACACGCUUAAGCCGAGUCAGAUAUCUGUCGGUAUGGCGGUUCUAAUGUUCACUCAAACGCUUUCCGGUGCCAUCUUUCUCACAUUAGCAAAUGUGAUUUUCGAUGCUGGUCUCCGGUCUUUGCUCCCCAGAGACGCACCCAAUGCCGAUGCGGCGGCUAUUAUUGCUGCCGGUGCUACUGGUUUCAGGUCUGUUGUGUCGAGUGAAGAUCUUCCUGGUGUCUUGACGGCUUACGCAAAGAGUGUGGAUUAUGUUUUCUACCUGACUGCUGGCAUGGGAGUGAUCAUGUUCAUCUUUGCAUUCGGCAUGGGUUGGAAAGACAUACGGAAGAAGAAGCCUUCUUCUGAGAAUGUGUGA